AUGGAUCGCCGGGACCAGGGCGAGGCUGCAGCAGAGGAUAAGACGUGCCCGCUGGCGCUGCUCCCCGACGACGUGCUAGCGGACGUGCUCCGCCGCCUCCCGCCGCGGGGCCUCGCCGUGUCCAGGUGCGUCUGCAGGUCUUGGCUGGCCAUCGUCGACGCCCGCCGCCUGCUGCGGGCGGAUCUCCUCCCCUUGUCGCUGGGUGGGUUCUUCAUAAACUUCCACAACUACUACCUCUCGGAGUUCUUCGCGCCCCACUCGCACCGCCCGUGCAUCUCCGGCAAGCACGACUACCUGCCUCAGGCCAGAACCGAUUCCUGGGGCUACGUAGACGACCACUGCAAUGGUCUUGUGCUGAUCCACGAGAACGACGACAACAACAAUGAGAUUGGCUACGUGCUUAAUCCGGCCACUCGAUGGGUGGCUCCCGUGCCCCCGUGCCCACCUCCACCAAUGGAGAUCAAGGACACCUUUCAAGUCGAGUACCUCGCGUACGAUCCGAUCGAAUCGCCAUACUUCGAGGUGGUUUCAAUUACCCGUUUUCAUUGGGUGAACAAGCCUGGAGAUUAUCUUUACGACAGUUCUAGGGAUGCAGUGGGCCCUGAGAUAGAACAAUCUGAGUGGCCACCGUCGGUAUGCAUCUUACAAGUGUUCUCAUCUAGAACUGGACAGUGGGAGGAAAGAAUAUCUUUGUCGAGUGAUAAGUAUCAUGUGAUUAAACCACCACCAGGCUGUCAGAUGGAGUGGGUUCUGAAGCAUGACAGGGACCUUUUUAAGUGGUUGUUGAAGCAUAAGCUUCAGUAUACAGGACCUUGGGCCUUGCAGGAUAUUAAUUACUAUUACGAUAAUCGCAAUAGAGAUCACGGUAUGGAAGCACCAGCAAAAGAGAAAAUUGAAUGGACCUCACAAGCAUCUGAAGAUGAGAAAUUUACAUGGAGCUCUGAUGAUGAAUGUGGACACACUGGGUACGUGGAUAUUCUUGGGUUUCAUCCAUGCAAAGAUAUUAUCUUCUUGAGUGAAUCAAUAACACGAGGAUUGGCCUAUCACUUGAAUAGCUCCAAGGUUGAAGUCUUGGGCAAUAUAUAUCCAGCAGGAUAUGACAAAGAAUUAGGAAAUGAACAGCUUUUAGAAUCAUCUUUUCCGUAUACACCCUGCUGGAUUACACAAACUGCAGACGAUGGAGAAUAG